CUGCUUCCGACACCUAAUUCAUCACGGAAAAUUGGUUUUCCCUAGCCAUUUUCCUCCCUUAUUUCCUUCCUUUGAGCCCCGAGAAAGUCAUAAUUGUAUACGAGUCAACAUUUCAGAAGUAAAUCCAAUCGAACUUUUGAAUAAUUUGAGUCGUUUUACGUAAAUUCGUAGUGAAGUCUUUGACGUGGGGGUGUUAAGAUCGAAUUGGAGUAUUUUAAAGAGUGGGGGUAGCAAGGAUGUGAUCGGUGGUGAAGGCGCGGCAUGGUGUUGCAGAAAUUUGUGUCGACGAGAAAUUGGUACUAUAGGAGAAAUAGAAAAAGAUCUGCAUCGUCUCCCCCUGCACCCUCUCAGGCCACCAUCCUCCAUCCGGCUGCACAUCGACCGAUGGCCGCCUUUUCGGGCCAUGCCGCCCGCAGCAGCCAUGAGGCCCGACACUAGCGAGAGUCCGUCGCCCCCGCAACAACAACCGUCGCCCACUCAGCAGCAGCAGCCGCGGCCGCCCGUGCCGCCCCACGAGCUGGAGCUGUUGGCCAAGCUGGAGGCGGCCAAUCGACUCAUCGAGGCCGACGCCAAGUCGCUGGGCUCGCUGAGCGGCGCCUCAGGACAUUCGAGGAAAGGCUCCGAUACCAGCCAGGUGUCGCUUACUUCAGGGACAAGUUCGAUAACGGACCGCACUGACGAAGGCGAAGAGCUCUGGGCCAAAUGGAGUCACAUAGUGAACAACUGGGAGGAACAGUGGAAGAAGCAAAACGGCAACAUACGCGAGCUGGUGCGCAGAGGCAUCCCUCUACACUUCCGCGCUAUCGUGUGGCAGUUGCUCUGCGCAGCCGCCGAUGCGCCCGAGAAGAAACUCUACGCUGAAUAUAUCAAGACGAAAUCUCCAUGCGAAAAAGUGAUUCGACGCGACAUAGCUAGGACCUAUCCAGAACAUGACUUUUUCAAAGAAAAGGAUGGACUAGGACAAGAAUCCUUGUUUAAUGUCAUCAAAGCUUAUUCUUUGCACGACCGCGAAGUUGGAUACUGCCAAGGCUCUGGAUUCAUUGUAGGACUCUUACUAAUGCAGAUGCCUGAAGAAGAAGCGUUCGCCGUGCUAGUCAAGAUCAUGCAAGACUACCGUAUGCGGGACAUGUUCAAGCCCAGCAUGGCCGAAUUGGGCGUGUGCAUGUUCCAACUGGAAAACCUGGUCGCCGAGCAACUUCUCGAUCUCAACCAACAUUUCCAGUCGCAGAACUUUCACACGUCUAUGUACGCCUCUAGCUGGUUCCUUACCCUCUUCACCACCGCCCUGAGUCUACCUCUUGCCUGUCGAAUCAUGGACGUGUUUCUUUCCGAAGGCAUGGAAAUCAUAUUUAAAGUUGCCCUGGCCAUGCUGACUCUGGGCAAAGACGACCUAAUGUCGCUCGACAUGGAGGGUAUGCUCAAGUACUUCCAAAAAGAACUACCGGCUAAAGCUGAGGCUGACCCCGAAGGUCUGCUUCAGCUAGCCUACAGCAUGAAAUACAACGCUAAGAAAAUGAAGAAGUUAGAAAAAGAAUAUCACGUGAUUAAGAGCAAAGAACAGGAAGAAAUGACCGAGUUAAAGAGAUUAAGAACUGAAAACAAACAAUUGAGGCAUCGGUGCGAGAUGUUAGAAGAAGAGAGUAAAGCCCUGGCAGAUCGUUUGGUUCGAGGCCAAGUCAGUAGAGCUGAGGAAGAAGAAACAACAUUCGUUGUACAAAGAGAGUUAGAACUUUUACGUCAUACUCAUUUAGACACCACCCAUCAGUUAGCCUUAGCCAAUGAGAAAAUUCGUUCCUUAUCGCUUCUAAUGGAAGAAAAUCAUUCUUCCAGGCAGUCGUCCAUAGAAGAAAUCACACUCAAACAAGAACAAUUGCAACAGAGAGAAGAGAUGAUUGAAUGUCUGCAAGAGGAGUUGGUGAAAGUUAGGUUAAGGGAAGCCGAAAACGACGCUUUAAUACGAGAUUUGAGAUCUAGAAUACACGAAUUAGAAGAGGAGAAGAAAACUCUAAGAGAAACGACUCCCGACAAUAGCGUAGCUCACCUACAAGAAGAACUAAUAGCGGUAAAACUUCGAGAAGCUGAGGCAAACUUGUCCUUGAAGGACCUGAGACAGAGGGUUUCAGAGCUCAGUAAUCAGUGGCAAAGGCAUUUACAGGAGCACAGGCCUGAAUCCAAUAAUUCCGGUGAACAUACGGCACACAGUACUCCAAAGAAGUUACUUUUCUGGGAGAAUAGACACAAUGAAACUCAGAAACUCGAAGAGGAGUUGAUGACUACCAGGAUAAGAGAAAUGGAGACUCUUACCGAAGUGAAGGAAUUGAGAUUAAAGGUUAUGGAAUUGGAAACCCAAGUGCAAGUCGGUACCAAUCAACUCAGACGCCAAGACGAAGAAAUCAAGAAACAACGGGAAGCUCUUGAAGAAGCAGAAACCAGAGACAAAGAUGCAGCAGCUCGGCUUCUUGAAGAACAAAGAAGGUACUCCGACUUGGAGAGCAAGAUGCAAGACGAACUGAUGAAGGCUCGUAUCAGCGACGCCGAAAAAACACAAGCCGUUGCCGAAUUGACGCAGAAAAUUAGCCAACUCGAACUCAAGAGUCAAGAAAUCGCUACAGAGGGUGAACUACGCAUCCAUUCAAUGGACGAUAGCGAUCGAGUGCGCGAACUUCAAGAUAAAGUAGCUGACCUGCAAGCUGAGGUAAUCAGACUGGAAAGGCGUACCACACGUACCGGGGCUCCCCUACAGUCGGGUCGGUCGCAUUCCAUUGACAGCACCGACGACGACAGCAAGUUCAGAGCGGACGACCCCUCGCUACACCUCACGAUAGCCCCGGUGUCCCCCACGGAGCCCCCGGCAAAUAGUUUUGCGGAGAUGGCCGAAAAGGACGCCAACAUGAACGUCAACAAAGUCAACAGUGUCUGACGCUCGUACUAGACGUUAUUUUUUGGACAUUAAAAUUGGCCACUCUGGGUCUUGCUAAGAGUUGGAUGUAAGAGUCGUACCGGGUGUUUUGCAAAAGUGACUCCCCUUAUAACUUUUUUAGUUACACAAUAAUUGAUGAAAAUUUCCAUGCGCUAAAUGUUGAUGGACGUAUUUUUUUAAUGUUUUUUGAACGAAAAAAAAAGAAGCCUAUCAAAUUUAAAAAAUAAUAAAAAAAGCAUGUUUCAAUAUCUAAAAUGGUUCUUGAGUUAUCGCGUGUUACGUGUUAAAAAGUUGAGUACAUAUUUAAAUUAUCGCGAUUAUGGACGUUUUAUUAUUAUAAAAAAAAUGGACACCAUAACGAUAUUCUUAAGGUGCGUUCACACCGGCCGCACCGCGCCGCGCAAAACAUUUUUUUAACAUGUACUUUUAAAGUGUAUUUUUUUAGCGCGCAAAAAAGUAUAUGUUGAAGCAGCCGGUGUAAACACCUUUAUAAUUCCAUUUUAGAUGCCCAGAAA